UGGCUGGGGGAGCUGGGGGUGUUUAGCCUGCAGAAAAGGAGGCUCGGGGGUGAUGUUACUGCUCCCCAAAGCUCCCUGACAGGAGGGGGCAGCCAGGCGGGAACCGGGCUCUGUUCCCAGGGAACAAGGGACAGGGAAACGGCCUGAGCUGUGCCAGGGCAGGGUCAGGUCGGACACCAGGGAGAAUCUCUUCGCUGAUGUGAUUAAACACUGGAACGGGCAGCUGAGGGAUGUGGUGCAUUCCCCACGCCUGGAUGUGUUCAAGGAAACACAGGACGUGGCACUCAGUGCCGUGGUCCGACCGACAGGGUGGUGUUGGGUCACAGCUUGGACCGGAUGGUCCUGGAGCUCUUUUCCAACCCAUCCGAUCCAGUGAUUCUGCUUCUGCCAACCCGCUCCCCGGCACUGCCCGUGAGGAGACGGGAAACCCGGCGAGAGCCACACGGGUGCUCCGCCACCUUCAGCGCGGCCCCGCCGCCUCCAGCCCGGCCCGCGGAGCCGCCGCCAAGGGCUGCGGGGGCUCCGGGGUGCGACCCGCCCGGGAGGGGACGCGGCUGGCGGCACGCCGGGCGGUGAGGCAGGGCCACGGCCGGGCUGAGGGCCGCGGCCGGCCCCGCCGCACUACACUUCCCGCCCUGCUCCGCGCCCGCCCGCGCCGGCUUCCGCUGGCGCGUGGUUUCCGGAGCGGAUCGGAACCCGGAGCGCGGAUCCGAUCCGGGUCUGGCCAUUCCCGGGGCAGGUUUAAAAUAAUGGCUGAAGAUGGCAGCGAGGAGAUUUUGUUUAUUUGGUGCGAGGACUGUGGGCAGUACCACGAUUCAGAGUGUCCUGAGCUGGGCCCAGUGGUGACAGUCAAAGACUCCUUUGUACUGAGCAGGGCAAGAUCGUCUCUGCCUUCUAAUUUGGAGAUAAGACAGCUGGAGGAUGGGACUGAGGGAGUGUUUGCUCUGACUCAGCUGGUGAAACGUACCCAGUUUGGCCCCUUUGAAUGCAAGAGAGUUCUCAAGCUGGAGAAAGAAUCAGAUUUUCCCCUGAAGGUGUUCCAGAAGGAAGGGCCCCUGGUGUAUUUUGACACCACAAACGAAGAUGAUUGCAACUGGAUGAUGAUGGUGCGCCCAGCCACCGAGUAUGAGCAUCAAAACCUAACAGCCUUCCAGCAUGACAAUGACAUUUACUUCACCACCUGCCAGGACAUCCCCCCGGGAACUGAGCUGCGAGUGUGGUAUGCAGCUUUUUACGCCAAAAAAAUGGAAAAGCCAGUGCUGAAGCAGGUCACUAGUGGUGCCAAUGAUACAUCCUUGGCAGCAAUGGAGUCUGAUAAAGAGGGGAAUAAUAAGGUCUCUUCAAAACCUUCAUCUGCUGUCUUACCCCAUAAAAAAAACAAGAAAUCCAGCGUACUAGCAGCUGAUCCAGCAGUGAACACUCCAGAAGGCAGUGGAACAGCAGAAGCAAAGCCCAACCAGUGGACGUGUAAAGUGUGUUCAUCUGCUUUCCAAGAGCCCCAGCUGCUGACAGAACACUUGCUGAGUCACCUGGAACAAGCCAAAGGUGCCUCCCCAAGCAGCCAAAAUGAUGCUGAGAAAGCAGAGAAAGCAGCAGAGGCUGUGCCAGCAGAUCAGCCAGCGGCAAGUGAUGCAGCCAGUGCCAGCACAGACUCGAGGAGAAAGGCCAGGAGGGGAAGAAAAGCCAAAACAGCAAAAGUAGAAACGCCUCUUGUCAUUGAUGAAGAGAAAGAUUCUGCAGUGGAACGUGUGGCUGACGCUGUCACCGAGGUCCCUCCAGAGGAGGUGGCCCUGCCUCCAGCUCCAGAAGAGAGGAUUAUGGAUCUGGUUUUAGGAAAGAUGCCCAGCAGCACAAACAGCAUCAGCACAGUGACAAAUAGGUUUGCUCAUCACCAAAACACCAUGUCCCUCAAAAGAAGUUUCAUUCUCUCCAGUAGACACGGGAUUCGGCGGAAGCUGAUAAAGCAGCUGGGGGAGCACAAGAGGGUCUAUCAGUGCAGCAUCUGCAGCAAGAUCUUCCAGAACAGCAGCAACCUCAGCAGGCACAUCCGUUCUCAUGGUGACAAACUGUUUAAAUGUGAGGAAUGUGCAAAGCUGUUCAGCAGGAAGGAGAGCUUGAAGCAGCACGUUUCAUACAAGCACAGCAGGAAUGAAGUGGACAGUGAGUACAGGUACAAGUGCACCACGUGUGAAAAGGCCUUUCGGAUAGAGAGUGCACUGGAAUUCCACAACUGCAGGACAGAUGACAAGACAUUCCAGUGUGAGAUGUGUUUCAGAUUCUUCUCUACAAACAGCAACCUUUCAAAACACAAGAAAAAGCAUGGGGAUAAGAAGUUUGCAUGUGAGAUCUGCAAUAAGAUGUUCUACAGGAAGGAUGUCAUGCUGGACCAUCAGAGGCGGCACUUGGAAGGGGUGAGGCGUGUGAAGAGAGAAGACUUUGAGCACAGCACGGAGAACAUGGUUCGCUACAAGAAGGAGCCCUCGGGCUGCCCCGUGUGUGGGAAGGUAUUUUCAUGUAGGAGCAACAUGAACAAACACCUUCUAACACAUGGAGACAAGAAAUACACCUGUGAGAUCUGUGGACGUAAAUUUUUCAGGGUGGAUGUGUUGAGAGAUCAUAUUCAUGUCCAUUUUAAGGACAUAGCCCUGAUGGAUGAUCACCAGAGGGAAGAGUUCAUUGGUAAAAUUGGAAUCUCAUCCGAGGAAAAUGAUGACAACUCUGAUGAAAGUGCAGAUUCAGAGCCUCACAAGUAUAGCUGCAAAAGGUGCCAGCUGACCUUUGGCAGAGGGAAGGAGUACCUGAAGCACAUCAUGGACGUGCACAAGGAGAAGGGUUAUGGCUGCAGCAUCUGCAACCGGCGCUUCGCCUUGAAGGCCACGUACCACGCGCACAUGGUCAUCCACAGGGAGAACCUGCCCGACCCCAACGUGCAGAAAUAUAUCCAUCCAUGUGAAAUCUGUGGCAGGAUCUUUAACAGUAUAGGAAAUCUGGAAAGACAUAAGCUUAUACAUACAGGUGUAAAAAGUCAUGCUUGUGAGCAAUGUGGCAAAUCAUUUGCUAGAAAAGACAUGUUAAAAGAACAUAUGCGAGUCCAUGAUAAUAUCCGAGAAUACUUGUGUGCAGAGUGUGGCAAAGGAAUGAAGACAAAGCAUGCCCUUCGUCACCACAUGAAGCUGCACAAGGGGAUUAAGGAAUACGAGUGCAAGGAAUGUCACCGAAAAUUUGCACAGAAAGUCAACAUGCUGAAGCAUUACAAGAGACACACAGGAAUCAAAGAUUUCAUGUGUGAGCUCUGUGGCAAGACGUUCAGCGAGAGAAACACAAUGGAGACUCACAAGUUGAUUCAUACAGUAGGAAAACAGUGGACGUGUUCAGUGUGUGAUAAGAAGUAUGUCACUGAUUACAUGCUGCAGAAGCACAUCCAGCUCACCCAUGACAAGGUGGAAGCCCAGAGCUGUCAGCUGUGUGGCACAAAGGUUUCCACCAGGGCGUCCAUGAGUCGACACAUGAGGCGUAAACACCCAGAGAUUCUCUCAGUGAGGAUUGAUGAUUUAGAGCCGCUGCCAGGGACAACCACCAUUGAUGCCUCCUCAAUUGGGAUUGUUCAGCCGGAACUAGCCCUGGAACAGGGUGAACUACCAGAAGGGAAGCAGCACGUAAAGACUCCUAAAUGUGGCCAGAAAAUAAAACAAAAGUCAGGUGAGGAGGAGGAAGCUCAAGUGCCUGAGGACCCUGCCUUCAGUGAAUACACAGAAAAGGAAGGUGAAUUCACAGGGAAUGUUGGAGAUGAGACUAAUUCAGCUGUUCAGAGCAUCCAACAGGUGGUGGUGACCCUCAGUGACCCGAACGUCACGGCCCCCUCCAGCUCGGUGGGACUCACCAACAUCACCGUCACCCCCAUCACCACGGCAGCUGGCACCCACUUCACCAACCUGCAGCCCGUGGCCGUGGGCCACCUGGGCGCCCCGGAGCGCCAGCUGCAGCUGGACAACUCCAUCCUGACGGUCACCUUCGACACGGUCAGCGGCUCGGCCGUGCUGCACAACCGCCAGAGCGACAUCCAGCUCCCGCCGCAGCCCGAGGCACCCAACCCCCAGUCCGUGGCCCAUUUCAUAAACCUGACCACCCUGGUGAACUCCAUUGCUCCCCUGGGGAACCAGAUGACAGAACAGCACCCCCUGAGCUGGAGGUCAGUGCCUCAGACUGAUGUGCUGCAGCCGCCGGCGCCGGCCACGCCGCAGCAGCCGGGCCAGCAGCCCGUUCAGACAGAGCAGCAGCAGCAGCAGAUGUACAGCUACUAAUUUAUACUUGGGGAAGUGCUGACGUGGACAGUACUCAGAGACACAGAAAAACACACGGACCUUUGGGAAAUUUCUACUGGGAUUGUUUGCUGGAUACCAAACAGAGAUGGGAAAAUGUCUGUACGAUGAAAUUUAAGCUGAAAUUGGCACCCUGCAACGCCCCGGUCUGAGAUUCUCACGCUGUCUCCAGACCUUGCACUGUCUUAAAAAAUAACAGAAAGGGGAAAAAAAAAAAUCUCACCACAAAUUUAGCACCCCCUUGCAGUUGUGCACUAAUUUUGAGAUUUGACAGGUGCAUCAUCACACACCUCAACCAAAGCAGGGAAAUCCUAAAUUUUGCGGCAGUUGUGAUGUACAAAAACCCUUUGAGCCAUACCACGUCCCUUCUUUCCAAGUCUGGAAAUGGCAUCUGAAGACCUCGUUCACAGCGGGUGGAAUGUCCUCGUGGUCAGCUGGUAGAGACUGAAACGUGAAGACACAAAGGGGCAAAAGACAAGAAUUGCCUUUUGUUGCUGUAUGUUGGCUGGUAGCAGCAGGCAGGCAAGGAGGCUCCACACGGCUUCUGAGGGUGAUGAGACUCCACACAGCUUCUGAGGUUGUUCAUUAGAUGAGACUCCACACGGCUUCUGAGGGUGUUCAUUAGAUGAGGGUUUAUUGGGGGUCCCACCCCUGGGAGCAGCAUGGUUUCUGAGAGGGAAGGGGGAGGGAGGGAGAGCCUAGGGAGAAAAGGGGCCAAGAGAGAGUCUGGUCUUCCUCACACAGCUUAAGAGGGAGAUUCAAAGUGGGCAAGGAAUAAGACUUGGGGUUACAGAUCCAUGGUACUGCAGGGGAGGAUCACAGCUUGGAAUAAACCCUACAUUUUCGAGGGGUGAGACAGAGCAUACCGUUUAACUAAAAUGUAACACUACAGUCUUUGUUUCUCAUCUUCUUUAGGUCUUGUAUCUAACAACAUCUGUAAAGUAGGUGGAAUUUGGGGUUUUGGGGUGGGCAUGAGUGUGGUGUGGAAGAAAAUAGUACCGAUUAUUUCCAUUUUAGUCAUGGGAAAAACCCUGUACCCAUCAGACAGUGAUAGUGCUGCUUGAGCCAGAGAGCUGGUCUAAUGCUGAAGCAAACUUUUAUGGUCUUCUAGUCAAGUUUCAAUCAAAUCAAUUACAAACUGGAAGAAGAAUGUGAUACAGUUUUAUGUAAUUUUUCAAACCUGCUCUUUUAAUCUUGCUUUUAGCUAAAAGGCCUGAAGAGCAAUCAGUCCCCUUUGAUGAAGUUCAGGAUGUGAAUUUUUUUUUCAAUUAGACUUAUUUCAGCCUGUAAUAAACAUUUGAGAAAGCAUUCUUUUUAUAUAUAUAUACAUAUAUAUAUAUAUGUGUGUGUGUAUAUAUAUAUAUAGCCUUUGUAUUUUACUGUGUGUUCUUGGUGAGUAUUUGUGUGAAAAACACUGUUACCAACACAAUUCAUGAAUCCUUUCAUCCCCAUGUCACCGCCUCUCAUGGAAAAAAAAAAAUGGAUUCUGUUCCUUUUGUUCCCAAAAUUUAUUUCCAGAGUUCACAGCCACACACGAGGUUGUGUGAAGCACAAGAAAAAGAAAAAGGAAUGUCUGAAGCAUAUUCUGUGUCCUGCCACGUGGAGUCAGUGUGCCCCAGUGUAUAACGGGCCAGGUUUGCAUGGGGAUGCAGAUCCUGGGUUGGGUCAAACAAGUCUGUGCUGACAGAACUCCUUCAUUUCAUUCUCCAUCCAUGGAUGUGCAGUCUGGACUUUUGCAUGUCAAGAAGAUGGUGUUAUUCCCCACAGGGAAAACGAGCUGGUAGCAAAAAGGAAUAAACUAAAUAUAUAUAUAUAUAUAUAUAUAUAUAUAAAAUGUUGUUGCUUGAAAUCCCGAAGGGCAAACCCUGCUGUGGCUGAAGAACAAGGUCUUUUGGGGCAGCAGAGUGAGCCACAGAACUGAAGGUUUGUUUUUUUUUCCCUGAGGAUAAAGCAGCUGCUGUGUCUGACAGUGGGGAUGGAUUGGUUGUUGUAAAAAUCCUGUCUGUGCUUAUUGUAUUUAUGAAAAAGUUCUAUGUUUUAGCAGAAAUAUGAGUAGGAAUGACUUCAGCUUUGAAAGUCUCUAUUAACAUGGACUACUUGACCCCUAAAGGUUGCCUUACAAUCUCUACAACAAAUUCUCCCAAAGCAUAAAUGUCUGGAUAUUAAAAUUAACCUCCAGUGCUUUUCUUGGUGCCAUGGCUGUGUCCAGAGCCUUGGAAUACCAGGCUUUGUGUGAAGCUGCAGGACAGGGGUAGCAAAGGGGUUUCUGGUGACAGAAUUUGUGUGUCAGAGGAGCAGAACUACUUUUAAUUAAAUGUCAGCAGGUCUGUGAAAUACCUGCAUGGGAGGGACCAGUAUUUGAUGGGACAAGGAUGCAUGUCAGAAGGAAAGGUACCUUUUAGCAGUGUGGGAAAGAGAAUUUUUCAUUCCCUGCUCACUUCUGUCUUCCUUAGGUACUUUUCACACAACUACUGUGAGAUCCUGUAACUUUUUAGCCUCCCAAUAUCCUGAGUACAGUUCCUGGAUUAUUUCACCACUGGCUUGAGCUAGUUCAGUGUCUCCUCAGCUGUCCUGCCCACAAAUGCUUCUGUUUCACACCAAACCAAUGGGAAAGAGAAACCCAGGUUUUAUUCAUGAAAUAUAUUGUUUGUUUGCUUGAAACUUCUUUUCCCCCCCUGUGUUUGCCUAAUUGGUAAAGUCACAUUAUCUUUUGUCAGGGGGGAAAAAAAAGGGAAGGAAAGCAAAUUCUGUGAAAUGGAGAGCUCCUAGGUCGAGUUGUUGUGGUAAACACAGAAUUUUUACACAAUCAGAGUUUUGUUGAGACAGAUGUAAAUGGUGAUUAGGAUUUUAACUGGGGAGGGAGAGGUUUUUUACCUUAGCAGAGUCCAUCUUGUCCAUGUUGAUACUACUGACAGUGGCGUUUGUGCUGCAUCGAAUCAACCUGCAUCAUUUCAACACAUAAUUUCCUGUUUGAUCAGAGUAGCACUCAGAAUAAACCAACCUUUAGAGACCUCUCUGGCUUCACAAAAUCCCCAUCCUAAAACAAUCCCCUGGUUUUCUGUGCUCUUAUGGGGUUUGGCAUCCCUCCCGUGUUAGCUGGCCUCAGUAACCUCAUCCAGGCAACAGGAUCUUGCCUUUCUGGCAGUGGCUGAUUCCAGGUGAUUUUAGAAGGAAUGAUCCCACAGGAAGUGUUUGCAUGCUGGUUUUCACAUAGAAAUGUCCCUCUUCAAUCUCUCAGUAUCCCCAAAAUCAUGGAACAGCCCAGGCUGGAAGGCACCUCAAAAGAUGAUUGAUCUAGUCCAGCCUUUUUCUGGGGAAAGGGAGCAUAGGUGAGGUGAUAGAAUCAUAAAAUCAUCAUUAACCUGUCUAAUUGCAUCUUUUAAACCUCCAGUGAUACAACUCUGGGAAGGUUCUUCCAGUGGAUGAUUGUUUUUCCUGUAAAAAUGACCUUAAAUAAUGUUCAGGAGAGGAAAAUGUAACCACUGGGAAGGCUUUGGUUAGGCCAGGCAGUAGAAAGCUCUCCGAAUAUGAUCUUCCCAGAGAAGAUCUCUUUCUUUGAGACAGGAUUGUGAGUUUCUCCACAGCCCUUGCUGUGGUGCCUCAUCAUCUCCCAGCAUGAUUUUAUUAUUACUCCUGUUAUUAACAUCCCUAUGAGAACACAACUGUAUCUUGGGUGUGCUGCACCAUGGGGGAAAAAAAAAAUCCAGAACAAAUGAUUCUGUUUGCUUUUUGUUUCAAAUGGUUUUGUUUGGAGAUGUUGGAAAUUGCUGCCUUUUCAGACAGAGCUUCCCUUGGACAAGCAGUGACUGCUCUCCCAGCUAAGCCUUUUCCAGGUGAAUACCAAAGUUGUACUGAUGCUGUUUUCAAACUGCACAAGAAAUAAAACCACUCCGCAAGGGAUGUGCAAUCUUAAAUUUCCUCUGCCAAUCUGUUCCCUGCCUUUUUCAGCUGUAGGACGUGAAGGAUUUCUUGGUUUGCAUAACAGCUCUUCAGUCACAAACUGGAAUUAACUUUGAGCCAAAGGAGUGAUGUUGUGUGGUGUUCUGUGUAUUGUCAUUGUUUAUUGCUAAGGCUAUUAUUUAAUUGAAUGCUGUCUGUGGCACACUGGGCUCUGAAGUAAAGGAGCAUCAAGGUACAGAACCCUUUCUCUGCCAGUGUUAUUCU